UACAUACUCUCAGUGCUUAAAUUUACUUAUCCAACCAUUUUUCAAGGAUGGCAGACCUUGGUUGGAAUAAUUAUGUUCAAGGCUCUAUUUUCAACUGGUUAUGUAGAUGGCUUACUGAAUGGAAAAGAUUGGCGUGAUUGGGCCCUCUGGUUGCCAGGUAUGAUGUGCUUCCUCAUUUCGAUAUAUUCAGGAUCUAGAGCACUGUCUAGCCUGCCAAUUCCAGUCUAUCUAGUGAUGCAGAACUUGGUUCUUGCAUUUAAAGCAACUGUUGACCUAAUACAUCAGAAGCAAGUCACCACUCUGUAUUCCUAUUGUAUGCUGAUGCUUUCUCUAUUGUCUGCACUUUGUGUUGUAAAAACAGACCCUCAAUAUGAUUCAGAUGGUUACCUUUGGAUGUGUGUACAUAUAGCUAGCCUUGGUGCUUUUGAAACAUAUACAUAUUUUAUUAAAAGAAGAUUAAAGCUCAGAGCAAUGGAGAGGCUUUAUUGCUGUUGUGUGUAUAGUGUGAUUGUGUUAACUCCAGCAAGUUACUUUUUGGGUGAUGCCUUUGAUGCACUCAAGUUUCCAUUCUUUUACUUUGCCAAGUUUUAUAUUGGUUGCUUAUUCAGUGGUAUUCUGGGUAUGUUGUUGAAUUUAUGUGCAAUACGCUUACAUGAAAUGGAGAAGCCAUUUUCUGAUCUUGAUGUCAAUACCAUGUACAGUAUUGCCAAGAUUUUCUGCUCAAUUGCAUCAUUAGGUUAUUAUGAAAUGAAGCAUUCGUAUUCCUUUACAUUUUUCAUUUCAAUAAAUCUCAUCUGUAGUUUUGGCUAUUGUGAAAGUGUUUGUCACAAACACCAGCAAAAGAAUUUUUCUCCAGCUUUUCCGAGUUCAGUCCGCGCAAUGGAUACAAAAAGUGGAGUUGAUCUCUCUCAGUACCUCAAGCGCCAUGAAUUGCAGCAAGAUAUGAUUCAUAUUGACAUUGUUUGAGCAAUAAAGUUAUUUUGCAAUACA